UGUCCAAACUGACAAUGCUGGUGAGAUGAAGAUAGUGUUGUUGCUGCUUCUGGGCUCACGGAGGACGACGAGAGGAAUCUACAAGCCGACAAGAUGAGAUCCAAGGCGAGGGCGAGAAAACUGGCCAAAAAUGACAGUGAGCCAGUGGACAGCAUGUACGAGACAGAGAGCGACCUCCCGGGUUUACCAGCUAGUGGGGGCGGGGGUGGAGGGGAUGGCGAUAGCCCAGAGGACGACGCAGAAGAUGGCGUAAUCAACAUGUCCCCCAUGCCCUCACCGACUCCCUCCCACCCGAACAACCACCACCACCACCUGCUGCACCCCCACAUCUACACCUCCCACCACCACCACCUCCACAACAACAACAACAACAACAGCAGCAAUGACGAGGACUUCACCACACCCAAGGAGGGCUCGCCCUAUGAGGCGCCUGUCUACAUUCCCGACGACAUUCCCAUUCCCAGCGAACUGGAGCUGCGGGAGUCCUCUGUGCCCGGCGCCGGCCUUGGCGUAUGGGCCAAGACCCGCAUUGGUGCGGGCGAGAGAUUUGGCCCACACAGCGCACUACACCAUGGGGCCACAGGCAAAGACAGCUCCUUUGGAUGGGAGAUGAUGAACGACCAUGAAGCAGCCUCCCCUGACAGCUGCAUCAAAAAGGUGGUGGACGACAUGGGCAACGUCAAGUUCGCACUGGACACCAGCCCGGACGCCACCAGCAGCAGCUGGCUCAAAUAUGUCCGCUCCGCCCCCUCCUUCGAGGAGCAAAACCUCGCCGCCUGUCACCUCACUGGAGAUCAGAUUUAUUAUAAAGCUGUCCGGGAUAUUGAAGCAGGGGAGGAGCUUUUAGUGUAUAUGAAGGACGGUAUUUUCCCCGAGGGAUCCAUGGCACCCAACCUAGAAGACGAGCAGAUGUACCGCUGCGAAGACUGUGACGAGCUGUUCUCCUCAGCGCUUGAGCUACGGCGGCACCAGAAGUACUCAUGCUCCAGUGCUGGCUCUAUCUUUGACACACUGAGCGAGGAUUUCAAACAGGAGCGCGAGGACAGCGAUGAGCCUAUCCACGAGUGUAAAGACUGUGAGAAGAUCUUCCCAAAUGAGUACAGUCUGGGCCAACACAUGAUAGUCCACACAGAGGAGAGGGAGUACAAGUGUGACCAGUGCCCCAAAGCCUUCAACUGGAAGUCCAACCUCAUCCGCCACCAGAUGUCACACGACAGUGGCAAGCGCUUUGAGUGUGAAAAUUGUGAUAAGGUACAGCACACCCAGCACGUGUUCACAGAUCCCAGCAAUCUUCAGCGCCACAUCCGUUCACAGCACGUGGGGGCGCGUGCUCACACAUGUCCUGAGUGUGGCAAGACCUUUGCCACCUCCUCAGGGCUCAAGCAGCAUAAGCACAUCCACAGCAGUGUCAAACCCUUUAUCUGCGAGGUGUGCCACAAAUCUUACACCCAGUUCUCCAACCUCUGCCGCCACAAGCGUAUGCAUGCUGACUGCCGUACCCAGAUCAAGUGCAAGGACUGUGGGCAGAUGUUCAGCACUACCUCCUCCCUCAACAAGCAUCGACGCUUUUGUGAGGGCAAGAACCAUUAUGGUUCUCCAGCAGGGAUGUUCACCCCUGGCAUCCCCAUGAGCUCUAGCCCCAUCAUGGCCAAGGCCAAGACCCAUCAUCCCCACCAUCCAGGCCUAAACCACUCAGGUUUAGGGUUCACUGACUACUUUCCAUCCCGACCUCACCCUCACCCUGGGUUACCCUUCUCCCCAGGACCCCAUGGCUUCCCAUCCCUCUCACAUGGUUUCCCAGGCAUCUUCCCACCAUCACUGUACCCCCGACCACCCUUACUGCCUCCCAGUCCUCUGCUGAAGAGCCCCCUGGGCACCAGCAGUCAGGAAGGGAAGCUGACUCGGAGCCCCCUAGAUGCCCCUCCACUCUCCUUGGUCAGCUCUGUGAACAACAAUGGAGGUAACAGUUUGAGUCAGGUGGAAGACAAAGAGAAAGAGAACAAACUGGAUCUGUCUUCCAUUGGAGAAGCUAAGCCAAAAUCCAAGAUCACGGACAUGUCUGACGGUAGUGACCUCGAAGACGUUAAUACAACAAGUGGGACAGAUUUGGACACCACCACUGGUACUGCCUCAGGUGAUGGUUCUGACUUGGAGAGCGAAGGAGAGAGUGAACGUGAGCGAAGUGGCAAAAGGAGAAAACCCUCUGGGGCAGCAUCAGGUCAGGAAGUUAACCGGCAAGAAGACAUGAACAGUGCAUUGGUAUCUGCUGUGUCUAACUCGGGAAGCCUUACCAUCGAUCGUCCCUUCUUCUCCUCUGCAUCAACCCAGCACUCCUUCUUCCCUCCACCUGAUGAGCAAGCACUCCCGCCCAGCACAACAAAUGCCAAUGCAGCCACCACUGAUUCCAUCAAAGCCAUUGCCUCCAUUGCUGAGAAAUAUUUUGGUCCAGGUUUGAUGGGUCUUCAUCAGGAAAAGAAGAUGGGUCCUUUGCCAUACCAUUCCAUGUUCCCCUUCCAGUUCCUGCCCAACUUCCCCCACUCCCUUUAUCCUUUCAGCACUGACCGAGGCACCCUCAACCCUAGCAUGUUUUUUAAGGCUGAACCCAAGUCACCUCGUGAGCAACUGCACAAAAUGGUUCCUGGUGCUCCAGGAGCUCCUGCUCCCACCACAGAGUCACCAUUUGAUCUCACCACCAAGCCCAAGGAGACCAAACUCACUCCUCCUACCCCAACCAAGCCCUCCAACCCCACCAGUAGUAGUGGGAGCAGUAGUGGACCCUUAGUGAUAUCUAGCGGUGAGGAACAGCCACUGGACCUCAGCAUUGGCAGUCGGAGCCGAGGUGGUCACAAUGGUGUGGCCUCUGAGCCCCAAAAUCGAAAGAACCACAUCUAUGGAGUUGGAAAGGGGGUUCCCACAAAAGAGGAACCCCCAACUGGGCCCCCACACCCACAUUCCCAGUCCUUGCACCAGUCAUCUUUGUCCCAGCACCAGCAACCCCUGGCACAGCCACCCCAGCAGCCACCUCUGCACUACGCCAAGCCCUCUGCCUUCUUCAUGGACCCCAUAUACAGCAGGGUGGAGAAGAGGAAGCUACUCGACCCCGUGGGAGCUCUGAAGGAGAAGUUCUUCAGGCCCUCACCGCUGCUCUUCCACCCACAGAUGUCAGCCAUGGAGAACAUGACAGAGAAACUGGAGAGCUUUGGCACUCUGAAACUGGACGCGCCGCCCAAUUCGCUGCAACACUCAGCCCGUCAACUGUUCAACUUCAGCUCACCACCACCCUCCCUCUCAGACGCCAUCCUCCGCAAGGGCAAGGAGCGCUAUACCUGCAGGUACUGUGGGAAAAUCUUCCCUCGUUCAGCAAACCUCACCAGACACUUGCGAACGCACACAGGGGAACAACCGUACAGGUGUAAAUACUGUGACCGCUCAUUCAGCAUCUCAUCCAACCUUCAACGUCACGUUCGCAACAUCCACAACAAGGAAAAGCCCUUCAAGUGUCACCUGUGCAACCGCUGCUUUGGUCAGCAGACCAACCUGGACCGCCAUCUGAAGAAGCACGAGCACGAGAACAUUCCUGUGAGCCAACAGUCCGGGAUGCUUUCCAACCUAGGAACCACCAUCUCCUCGCCAAACUCCGAGCCAGACAAUCAUGCACUUUUAGAUGAGAAGGAGGACUCAUACUUCUCAGAAAUCCGCAACUUCAUUUCCAACAGUGAGAUGAACCAGGCCUCUAGCUCCACGGAUAAGAGAUCAGACCAAGCUGAGGAGGAGCACCCACCCAGCCACAGUCUGUCCAACUCCAAGCUAGGGCUUCAAGGGCUGGAGGAGGAGGAAGAGGAAGUGGAGGGUGACGAUGAGGAGGAGGAGGAAGGCAGCCUAACAGAGAAGUCUCACGAUGAGGCACCCGAGUCCCCAUCUCCUGUCACAAUGACAACAGGAGUGUAUGAAGAGGAUGAGGAAGAGGAAGAGGCAGAGGCGGCUCCAUUAGCAAUGAGCUAUGAACACACUCGCAGGUGUAUAGAGGAGGAGGGCUCUCUCCUGGACCUGGAGGGUCUGCCCAGCUUUCCCAAGAGCCUGGAUGGGCUACGUAAAGCAACCAGUGAUGAGCAACCCUUUGACGUUAAAGACAUAUUUAACACUUCGCUAGAGUCGGAGGCACUGAAAGAGACAUUGUACAGGCAGGCUAAAACCCAGGCUUAUGCAAUGAUGCUGUCUCUCUCAGAGAACAACCCUUUGCACGCGCCCUCCCAGAACUCUCUGGACGCUUGGCUGAGCAUGGGAGGAGGACCGUCUGAGACGAGCAGCUUUCACCCACUCAACCACAUCUAGACGAGAGACGAAGAGGGAGGAAGAGGAGGAGGAACAAUAGUACCACAAUGGAUAGAAAUGAGACUGAGAGGACAAGAGUAAUAAGAAGAUGAGCGGAGAGCAGGGGAGAAUUCAGUGUCACAUACAUUCAAGAUUGAAAGGCUGAAAGUGUGUGUGUUUGUGUGUGUGUGUGUGUGUGUGUGAGUGAGUGAGAGAUAGGGAGGGAAGACUCCAGCGAAAAGAAAGCACUGCUCAGCCCCUGUUGAUGUGAAGGACAUGAUGAAUGCUUCUCAACAGCAUUGAGACUCUGCAUUACUCUGAUCCUCCGUAAGGCUCACUCCAGCCCCACAGAGACCCUGUGUAAGGUUCUCAUAAAGACACUUAUCGACUAGUAUGUCACUAAAGUCUAUGUACACCGCCUACCACAGCACUGCAGCAUCAGCACUGCAUUAGCACUGUAUGUCCAUAAGGUGGUGCUGUUUCACCAGGAGCAACAAUAGGAUCAUAGUGGGCGCGUGCACUAUUGUAUCCAGGUUUCCCCACCUGUCAUGGCUGAGUCACGUACUCUGUUCUUGUUUCAACUAUAACUACAGAAUCAACAAUCGCACCAUACUAAAUGUUACUUGAGGAAAUCACACUCUGUGUUUGGUUUAGAAACACAUUCCAGUAGAUGCUUUGAGCUGAUUUUUGAAUAAUUACAUGAAGAAUGGCAUCAAUGUUCAAAUGUGCAUAGCAACUGAUGAUUUUGUUUAAGUUAUCUGGGACACUAGCCAUUUUAAUUGGUUACCCAAUUUGAUCAUGCUGAAAAUGACGUGAAAUCAUACUCAAAAAAAAAAAAAAAAAAAAAAAAAGAGGAAAGAUUUUCUCUCCUUGUUCACUUCUCUUCAUUUGUUAAUUUUAUUACUUUCUUUCCUCUUAGAUACAACAGUAUUGUUUCUUUGUAGGCACCACAGUGCUAAAAUUUUAAUAUAAUUAUUUUAGAGAAGGACCAAAAUUGUAUGAUAUUGUCAUAUGAUGUACAAAAUAACCUAGAUGUUCAUAGCAAGAGUGGUAUGUGCCAAAUAACCCAUAGAAAAUGUUUUGUUCUCUGACAAUCAUUCAUUUCAUUUCCAAGGGGCUUGCAUUUGCUGUCGUAGUUUUUUUUUUUUUUUUUUUUUUUUCUUAUUACACUCUUAUAUAUUUGAUUUCAAAAAAUAUGUGUAUCUAUUUAUUUUUGGUUGUUUUGUCUCAUUUGGAGGAGUGGAAAUGAAGAAGAGUCAUUUUAUCCCUCUUUUUUUUGUUGCUGAAGGAAUGAACGCCUAUCAGAACCCAAGAGAGAUUCUGAAUCUCUGGUUUUGAUGCGUUAGUGUGCCAAAAUGGAAAGAACCCAUGAAAUCAUCUGUUUUUAUUUAUAGUGAAAGAUAGCUGGUAGCUAGUUUAAAAUCCUAUUUGGCAUUUUAAUGUCCUGCAGUGUUUGGUUUGUCUUGUUUAAGUUGAACCAUUUUACCCAGUAUGCUGAAUGUGUCUCAUUGAAAUUAGUCCAAGUAUUAUGGUGGCAAUUUUGGGCAGCCUUCGUUAUGAAUGUCAAAAAAAAAAAGGGCAUUACACUGUCAUGCUCCCUUUUCCAAUGUUCCUUCAUAAGAAAACCUUUAAUGUAACCCAUGAAUAUUCUUUUAAUAAUUAGUUUGCAUACCUGUUCCUAUUUCACAUGGUUGAAAAGUCCAAAUUGGUGUCACAUCUGCAUGAACAACUGGUCUUUUCUACAACGGAGAGAAAAAAUUGCUGGUCAUCUAGGAAGGGAGGCAAGGACCCGUGUAGCCAAAAAGAAAUGGUAAACAAAACCACAGAAAGCACUAAAACUGACAUAAUAUUUUUGCUGAUUGUUGCGGUGAUCCAUUGAGACUGUAGUUCAAAGUCCGUCCAACACAUGUAAAAGAUUUCUGAUAAUAACAUGAUACAGGACUGGAAAAACAUAAACACUUGAUUAUGAUUUUAACUUCAUAUUCCUUGUUCUUCUUUACAGAGAACCCAUUCCGUAUGAUCUGCAAGGUAGCUAUGCCAUUUGGGGCAUGAGGCAUUUACUGUAGAUAACUGUAGAUAGCUGUAGGCAGCAGGGGGUCGAGCGUUGUUGAUCAUUGUUGCCUUGGUCCUCCUGGCAUACUGGGACUUUCAGAACUAGGCCUGAUGCUGUACUUUUCAAACGAGCACUUAAACCAUAUGGGUCCAAGCCAUAAACUGAUUAGGCUUAGGUCUGUAGAACUUAGCACGCAGAUACGUUUUCAAACUAGUUUCACUUUCAAUAGGUGAGCAACCCCAUGCUCAAAACGGAAAGGAAAGCAAAAUCUGAAACUGAAGCACUGUAAUUUUUCUUUCAUGACAGCAGGUGGUGGUGCGAUGCUGGGACUGCUGCAUCAUCUCACUUUUCUAAGGACAGAGGUCUGUUUUUAAUUCUACUGAAUGAGAUUUCAUUCAUGGUAAAUACAUUGUUUUCCAACACCUGGUUAUAAAAUGCAAAGACUUGGGUUGAUAAGUUUUUAGGUUGACUAUAUGUAGUAAUUCAUGUCAUGUACUACUGUAAUAAGUACGCGCUGUGUAAAGCAAAGGAUUCACAUUGAAGUAUUCCGUUUUGCCAACUUUGGAAAGUAUUCUGGCAAAUGGUCACUGAAAUAUAUUUCAGCAUAAUAGAACAUGGUUGCUGUUUUUCCCCCCACUGUUACAGGAUAAAAUAAAAUAUACAUAUUGUUUCUUUUUAACUGUAUAGUAUUUUAAAGAAUAAAAAAAAAAAAACAAUGGUGCAUUUGUCUGAAGAAAAAAAUCAUUGAAAAAUAUGGGUUUAAAUGGAUGGUGCUUGUUUUGUUUGAAUCUGAGUUGUAUAUCGCCUCUGUUAUGUUUAUUGAAAACAAAACAAAAAAAGAUAUUGUGCAUGACGUGUUUAGCAGUCAUAAUGAUGUCCAUUUGUGAAAUGUGUAUCAAAUUGAAAAAAAAGAAAAAAAAAAGAAAAAAUAAAUCCGUAGAUGCACUUAUUGUACAUGUGGUUAGGUUAGUAGGUUUGACUUCAGUUUCUUGACUGCCUUACAACUGUAUCGGGCAGAUGGUUCAGAAAGACAUAGAAGAGACUUGUGGGAGAAGACAUAAUGAAAAAAAAAUUAAAGGAUUGUAGAAUAAUAUUGAACAAUUCUGAAAUUGCAGUUCUUUUGAUGCUUGUGAUUAUUGAAGAUGUACUUUAGAGAAAUUUCAUUGAAAAAGAUAUGACUCUGAUGUUAAUUCUGUAGAAUAGCAAUGUAUACCAAAUGUAAUCUUUCCAAUGCUAUGAAGAAUUUAUACAUGAAAUUGAUAUGCAAUAAAACCUGUGUGCUUUUUAAA